GGGACGUGUUGCGCAGUUCAGUCGUUCUCUGCGCAGUUGGCUGCCGUCGUGCCGUGGCAGAUAUCGUGAGCAUGGCGACACAUGACUCUUCAGCGCCGGUCCGUGCAGUGAAACGGAUUCAGUUUGGCAUCUUCAGUCCUGAAGAACUCAAACGGAUGUCCGUGACCAUUCCCAGUGGCAUCCAGUAUGCGUAUACGAUGGAGGCCGGUCGUCCCAAGAUUGGCGGCCUCAUGGACCCACGUCAAGGCGCUGUAGACCGCUAUGCCAAGUGCCAAACAUGUGCCGGUAACAUGAAUCAGUGUCCGGGACACUUUGGUCACAUUGAACUCGCAAAGCCCGUAUAUCACGUGGGAUUUAUCACAAAGACUCUGAAACUUCUUCGAUGCGUUUGCUUUUAUUGCUCUCGUCUUCUGAUCGAUUCGAAGAACGAAAACGUGCAGGAGAUUUUGUCAAAGACGAAGUACAAUGCUGGACGUCGUAUGCAGGCAAUUUAUGAUUUGUGUAAGAGUAAGACGAUUUGUGAGACUGCAGAAGAGAGUGAACAAACUCAGGAAGGCGAAGCGACACAAACACCAGUGGUAAAGGGGCACGAGGGGUGUGGCCGAUUUCAGCCAAAGCUGAGACGAAAUGGACUGGAAUUGACCGGGGAAUGGAAGCAUGUGAAUGACGAGUCUCAAGAGAAGAAAAUCACUCUAAGCGCGGAGAGAGUUCACGAAGUGUUUAAGCGUAUUUCUGAUGAGGACUGUCAUAUACUUGGAAUGGAUCCUCGGUUUGCUCGUCCGGACUGGAUGAUCGUCACUGUGUUGCCCGUGCCACCUCUGGCUGUCAGACCUGCAGUCACGAUGUUUGGUACGGCUCGUAAUCAAGACGAUCUCACACACAAACUGGCCGACGUUGUGAAGGCAAACAACACACUACGGCGUAACGAGCUGAAUGGAGCUGCUGCUCAUAUUCUGAUGGAAGACGUCAGGAUAUUGCAGUUUCAUGUUGCUACGCUGGUUGACAACGAGAUACCUGGUAUGCCAAAGGCCAUACAAAGAUCCGGUCGACCUUUGAAGUCAGUGAAGCAGAGGCUGAAAGGAAAGGAGGGUCGAGUGCGAGGAAACUUGAUGGGAAAACGAGUCGAUUUUUCUUCUCGUGCUGUGAUUACUCCGGAUCCUAAUCUUCCUAUCGAUGAGUUGGGUGUACCGAGAUCGAUUGCUCAAAAUCUCUCGUUUCCCGAGCUCGUGACACCAUUUAAUAUUGACAGGAUGCAUGCACUUGUGAGGCGAGGAGCCACACAAUAUCCGGGAGCCAAGUACAUCGUACGAGACGAUGGCACUCGCAUCGACCUGCGAUAUCACCCAAAGGCAUCCGACAUUCACUUGCAGUUUGGAUACAAGGUUGAGCGUCAUAUUGUUGAUGGAGACAUUGUUUUGUUUAAUCGUCAGCCAACAUUGCACAGGAUGUCUAUGAUGGGUCAUAAGGUGCAUGUUUUGCCGUGGUCAACAUUCAGGAUCAACCUGAGUGUGACGACUCCAUACAAUGCUGACUUUGAUGGAGACGAGAUGAACAUGCAUGUUCCACAGUCAAUGGAGACGCGAGCUGAGAUCAGUGAGUUGAUAAUGGUGCCUCGUCAGCUCAUCACUCCGCAGUCUAACAGACCAGUCAUGGGCAUAGUGCAGGAUUCACUCACGGCUGUUACUAAAAUGACAAAGAGGGAUGUCUUUAUAGAAAAGGAUUCUGUCAUGAAUUUGUUGAUGUGGCUGCCAAGUUGGAAUGGUAAAGUUCCUCAGCCAGCAAUUCUAAAACCCAAGCCACUUUGGACCGGGAAGCAGAUCUUCAGUUUGAUUAUUCCUGGUCAAGUCAAUUGCAUUCGACUGCACAGUGCACAUGAUGAUAGUGAAGACGAUGGUCCAUAUCGUCACAUGACGCCAGCAGACACACGAGUGUUGAUUGAAAAUGGAGAACUCUUGACAGGCAUUUUGUGCAAGAAGUCUCUCGGUACAUCAGCCGGCAGUUUGGUACACGUAGUGGCAAUGGAACAAGGACAUGAAGUUGCACGAGAGUUUUAUGGAAACAUACAGACAGUCGUGAACAAUUGGCUACUGCUGGAAGGUCACAGCAUCGGUAUUGGUGAUUGUAUUGCCGAUUCUGAGACGUAUCAAGACAUACAGAAAACGAUCAGAGAUGCAAAGGCUGAAGUGAUUAAUGUUAUUGAAGAUGCUCACAAUGACAAAUUGGAUCCGACGCCAGGUAACACACUUCGGCAGACGUUUGAGAACCAAGUGAAUCGCCUUCUAAACGAUGCUCGAGAUAAGACGGGUGGAAGUGCGCAGCGUUCGUUGUCAAAUUUCAACAACUUCAAGGCGAUGGUUGUUGCCGGCUCGAAGGGAUCGAAAAUCAAUAUAUCACAGGUUAUUGCGUGUGUCGGUCAGCAAAAUGUGGAGGGAAAACGUAUUCCAUUUGGGUUUCGACAUCGCACUUUGCCUCAUUUUAUUAAAGAUGAUUACGGCCCUGAGAGUCGAGGUUUUGUUGAGAACUCUUACUUGGCCGGUCUGACACCCAAUGAGUUCUUCUUUCACGCCAUGGGUGGUCGAGAGGGUCUCAUUGAUACAGCAGUGAAAACAAGUGAAACCGGUUACAUUCAGAGGCGUUUGAUUAAAGCUAUGGAAUCAGUGAUGGUGCAGUAUGAUGGCACUAUCAGAAAUGCUCAACAGCAGUUAGUGCAAUUUUGUUAUGGUGAAGAUGGAAUGGAUGGGACGGCCGUGGAGUCACAGAAACUCCCUACUUUGAAACCAUCAGAUGUUGCCUUCCAACGUCGAUUCAAAUUUGAUUAUGAAGAUGAGCGCAUUAUGAGAAAUCACUUGCACGAUGAUGUAGUCAAAGAGGUGGUGUCAAGAGCUCAUGUUCAAGACGAGUUGGACCAAGAGUGGAGGCAGCUGUGUGACGACAGGGAAGCAAUCAGAGCCAUCUUUCCUAAAGGAGAAGACAGAGUUGUUUUGCCGGUCAACCUCGAACGUCUCAUUUGGAAUGCACAGAAAGUGUUUCACAUCGAUAUGCGACAGCCCACCGAUCUCUCUCCUCUUAAAGUCGUUGAGGGAGUACGAGAUCUCAGCAGUCGGCUGAUUGUCAUCGGCGGCGGUGAUCCCAUUAGUCGCCAGGCACAGCAGAAUGCGACUCUUCUCUUCAGCGUUCUUCUCAGGUCGAUAUUGUGUUCCAAGAGAGUAGCCUUCGAACACAAAUUAUCUGCAGAAGCAUUUGACUGGGUGCUGGGAGAGAUAGAAGCCAAAUUCAAGCAGGCAAUGGUGCAGCCUGGUGAGAUGGUUGGUGCUCUAGCUGCUCAAUCGAUGGGCGAGCCGUGUACUCAGAUGACUCUCAACACGUUUCAUUACGCCGGAGUGUCGGCAAAGAAUAUCACCCUGGGAGUUCCAAGGCUCAAAGAGAUAAUCAACGUCUCAAAACGACCGAAAACUCCAUCGUUGACCGUCUUUGUUCUCGGUGCUGCUGCGAACGAUGCUGAGAAGUGCAAAGAGAUUUUGUGUCGUUUGGAGCACACGACUCUUCGCAAGGUCACUGCAAACACGGCAAUAUACUACGAUCCUGACCCGAUGAACACAGUUAUUCCUGAAGAUCAAGAAUGGGUCAAUGUGUAUUACGAGAUGCCAGACUUUGAUGUCAGUCGUAUUUCGCCGUGGCUGCUGAGGAUCGAGUUGGAUCGUAAGCGUAUGGUCGACAAGCAGCUGACGAUGGAGCAAAUAGCGGAGAAGAUCAAUCAGGGAUUCGGCGACGAUCUCAACUGCAUAUUCAAUGACGAUAAUGCAGAGAAACUUGUGCUGCGCGUCAGGAUCAUGAACAGUGAGGGAGACAACAAGUUCCAGGAUGAAGAGACUCAGGUUGACAAGAUGGAUGACGAUGUAUUUCUAAGAUGCAUUGAAUCCAACAUGCUGACAGACAUGACUCUGCAAGGCAUCGAACAGAUCUCGAAGGUUUACCUGCAUCUGCCGAAAGAAGAAUCUAAGAAGCGCACGGUCAUUGACGAAACUGGUGCAUUCAAGAGCCUCACGGAGUGGAUCUUAGAAACAGACGGUGCAAACCUGAUGCGUGUGCUGAGCGAGGAGUUUGUUGACCCGGUGCGUACGACGUCCAACGAUAUUUGUGAGAUUCUGUCUGUUCUGGGUAUCGAGGCUGUGCGGCGAGCGUUAGAGAAAGAGAUGAAUCACGUGCUGUCGUUUGAUGGCACGUAUGUGAAUUAUCGUCACUUGGCUUUGCUGUGUGAGGUGAUGACAGUACGAGGGCACUUGAUGGCUAUCACUAGGCACGGCAUCAAUCGACAAGAGUGUGGAGCUUUGAUGCGAUGCUCGUUUGAAGAGACAGUCGACGUACUGAUGGAAGCCGCGGCAGCAGCUGAAGUCGAUCCAAUCAAGGGAGUUAGUGAGAACAUCAUCAUGGGCAAGGUGGGUCGCUUUGGUACCGGUUGUUUCGAUCUCUUGCUCGAUGCCGAGAAGUGCAAGGCCGGAAUGGAGAUUCCUGUCACGUCGACAAUGAUGAUGAUGGCUCCCGGUUUGAGUGGCGGCUCGUUCUUUGGCAAUGCGGGAUCUCCUGGUGGCAUGUCGCCUCAGAUGACACCCUGGAAUCAGGGAGCUACACCUUCCUACCAAGAGGCAUGGAGUCCCAGUAUUGGUGGUAUGACGCCCGGUGGACCUGCAUUCUCUCCAUUUGCUGGAUCAGAUGCCAGUGGUUUGAGUCCUGGAGGUGGUUACAGCCCCGGAGGUGGUUACAGCCCGGGAGGUGGUUACAGCCCCGGAUGGAGUCCACAGCCUGCAUCUCCUGCAAGUCCGACGAGUCCAAGAUAUUCUCCCAGUUCGCCAUCUUACUCUCCAACGUCGCCAUCGUUUUCGCCGACUUCACCGUCUUAUUCUCCUACAUCUCCAUCUUAUUCUCCUACAUCUCCGUCGUAUUCUCCCACCUCACCUUCUUACUCUCCAACGUCUCCAUCAUACUCACCUACUUCACCGUCAUACUCACCAACGUCGCCAUCAUACUCACCGACUUCACCAUCUUAUUCUCCUACAUCUCCGUCUUAUUCUCCUACAUCACCAUCUUACUCUCCAACAUCUCCAUCAUACUCACCUACUUCACCAUCGUAUUCACCAACGUCGCCAUCAUACUCACCAACUUCACCAUCUUAUUCUCCUACAUCUCCAUCUUAUUCUCCUACAUCACCUUCUUACUCUCCAACAUCUCCAUCCUACUCACCCACUUCACCAUCAUAUUCUCCAUCAUCACCUUCCUACUCUCCUACAUCACCCAGCUAUUCGCCUUCAUCUCCAUCUUAUUCUCCAUCAUCUCCUAGUUAUUCUCCUAGCAGUCCAUCCUAUUCUCCAUCAUCUCCAACCUACAAGUAUUCUCCUACAUCUCCUAAGUACUCUCCAACAUCUCCCAAGUACUCUCCCACAUCUCCAAAGUAUUCUCCAACAUCUCCUACCUAUUCACCAACAUCUCCAUCGUAUUCACCGACUUCUCCCUCAUACUCACCUUCAUCUCCAAAAUAUUCUCCAACGUCUCCAUCUUACUCACCUACCUCUCCAAGCUAUUCUCCGUCUUUUUCUUGAUGAAUUGUGCGAUUUUGUCUUGAAUGUACUUAAUUUAAUAUUGUGCGAUUUUGUCUUGAAUGUACUUAAUUUAAUUAAUGAAAGGUUUUAAUUAAAGA